AGUGCGUGAGACGUCGAUUGAUAGCCGUUAUCAUAUUGCUAUCACGGGUAUCACGGCUAUCAUUGCCAAAACUGUGGCGAGUCGAUAGUAAGCACACAGAGUCAGCAGUCGGCAGACGUGUUCACAAAGACUCAAGAAUGGGUGAAGUGAAGCGCUACACAUUCGCGGAGGUGGCGACGCGCGACGGCAGCAACGGCCAGCCGCUGUGGCUCGUCUACAAGGACUCUGUGUAUGACCUCACCAAGUACAUCGACGAGCACCCUGGCGGGCAGGACACGAUCCUGGAGGACGCCGGGAGGGACAUGUCGCGCUCGUUCGACGACGUCGGCCACUCGUCCGACGCGCGCCAAAUCCUCGUCAAAUAUAAGAUCGGAGAGAUUGUUGAGGAGGAGAAACGCUACGACGCCAACGGCAAGAAGAAGAAGCGAGUGGUGGCCGCGAAGCCUGACGACAAGCCGACCACCAGGAGCUGCUUCAACAUCAUCACGUGCGGCCUGCUGGGCUGACCCAGUCACCAUGGCAACACCAUGACCGCAGUCACCAUGGCAACACCAUCAACACAUCCAUGUAAAGACGACAAGCCGACCACCAGGAGCUGCUUUAACAUCAUCACGUGCGGCCUGCUGGGCUGACCCAGUCACCAUGGCAACAACAUCAUCACAGUCUCCAUGGCACCACCAUCAUCACAGUCACCAUGGCAACACCAUGAUCACAGUCACCAUGGCAACACCAUGACCGCAGUCACCAUGGCAACACCAUCAUCACAUCCGUGUAAAGACGACAGCUACUCUAUCCAUCCUACUCUCUGUUAUUCUGCAGUAGGUUUUCAACUUUAUUGUAAUGUGAUAAUAGUGGAAAUCUAUUGAUAGUCCGCAGCAGAAUGACAAACGCACGUUAACUUCGCAGUUCCUACUCUCUACGUUUGACUCGUAUUAAUUAAUUUUUCUACUCUUUAUAACUAUUGAUUUGAUGUAUACCGAUAUCUCUCUCUCUCUCUCUCUCUCUAUCUCUCUCUCGCCGUGCCUAUUCUAAAAGUUAUCAUAAUAUCUCCUUGAAUUCAGAGACUCUAAAGUUCCUACAACUAGUUCAAACUAUACUUAACAAAUCAAGGAUAAACUGAAUAAAAAAUGCACGCUCGCUCGCACCGUCCCAUCGACACACACACACACACACACAGACUAUUGAUACAGAACAAACUAACUAAUCUAUCCGCCACCACCCCUGACUUCCUAUCGACAAAGUUAACUGAAGUCCUUCUCACUUGCAGCUUCACAAGUUUGUCUCCAACUUGUCCAGCGUCCAAUGAACAACUUCUAGUUUUCUAUAAAUCCAAUUGAAAUACGUUUUGCUCAAUAAAUUCUCCAAGUGAGAUGAAUUUAUCAACUGAGUUUAUUAUGUCACUAUAUGAGUAGGUGUUUGGACAAUAUUCUGUACGAUUCUGAAACUUUCCUGCACGUACUCAUCAUAUAAUUUGUACAUAGGUGCUAGCUAUACGUAGGUAGUACUUAGGCUCGCUAAGCUUUUUUAAUUAUCUACUAAGUUAAUAUGUAUAAAAUAACUUGUAAGUUUUUGUUAUGAAUCGAAAUAUAUUUUAUUUUUGAUAA